AUGGUCGCAAGAGGAUGCCCGGUAGGGGGCGAGCAAAAUCCUGAAAUGGACCCCGAAGCAUACAAACAGCCGCCCUUCAAUAUACCUCAGGCUCCGAACCGUCGAGCAGAGGCUGAAGCCAACAAAGAGGAGGGCCUCUUGGAUGUCCCUCGCGGUCGUGAGGAUGAUAUCGAAGUAGACGAAGCCCAGGAUCCCUCGCCCGAGUCAUAUACAAAAACGUACCAUCGACACAGCUCCCUCGCCGGACUCACGAAGAAGGGUCGUCCUCCCUUCCCAGAGGACAAGACCGAGUUGACAGAAGAGGAUUGCUACGAAAAGCUCGCAUACAGCUGGCCUAGGUGGAAGAAAUGGAGCUUUCUGUGUGUCAUCGCCGGCAUUCAGAUAUCGAUGAAUUUCAACACGUCGGUCUUCCCCAACGCGGUGACACCACUGGCUGAGCACUUUGGCAUCAGCGAGCAGGCAGCCCGUGUUGGCCAGUGUGUUUACCUGGUGCUGUAUAGCUUCGGCUGCGAGCUGUGGGCGCCUUGGAGUGAGGAGUUCGGGCGAUGGCCGAUCUUACAGCUGAGCAUGUUCUUGAUCAACAUCUGGCAGCUCCCAUGUGCUUUUGCACCUAAUUUUGGCACGAUCAUCGUGUGUCGGUCUCUGGGCGGCCUUUCUACCGCAGGUGGCAGUGUGACUCUUGGGCUUAUCGCCGAUCUGUAUCAGCCUGACGAGCAGCAGUGGCCGCUAGCCUUCAUCGUGCUGUCAUCUUGCAUCGGUACAAGUAUCGGAGGAGUUAUUGGUGGCCCUAUUCAAGCCUAUCUGUCUUGGCAUUGGUUUUUCUAUAUCCAACUCAUUUUCGGGGCUGCUGUCCAACUUAUUCACUUCUUCACGCCCGAAUGCCGCAGCACAAUUCUCAUUGACAAAGAGGCCAAGCGCCGUCGUAAGGCAAAUCCUGGUCUCGAAGUCUACGGCCCCAACGAGCUUAAGAUGCCGCGCAUCUCACUUAAAGAAGCCGUCAAGAUAUGGGCCCGCCCGUUCGAGAUGUUCGUUCGCGAGCCCAUUGUUUUAUUUCUGUCUCUCCUCUCAGGCUUCUCAGAUGCUCUUAUCUUCAUCUUCCUCGAAGGCUUCCCGUCAGUCUACGCCGCUUGGGACUUUGGGGUGCUAGAGUCCGCGUGGGCCGUCAUCCCGAUCAACGUUGCUUACUUCCUCACGUACCUCAUCUACCUGCCGUGGAUCUACCGUUACACACGGACACGGCAAAAGAAGGGCGAGGAAUUUGAGGCGGAGCGCCGAAUGAAGAUUCUCUUGUUCCUAGCGCCCCUCGAGCCUAUUGGCCUCAUUGGCUUUGCGUGGACGUCACUUGGUCCGCCCAGGGUGCAUUGGAUUGCGCCCAUGAUUUUCAGUCUACUAAUUGGCAUGGCCAACUAUGCCAUCUAUUUCUCCUCGGUUGACUACAUGAUCGCGGCUUACGGUCCGUACUCUGCUUCGGCGUGUGGCGGCAACGCCUUUGCGAGAGACUUCUUGGCUGGGAUCAGCGCUAUGUUUGCGGUGCCGAUGUACGAAGGGAUUGGCAAUGAGUAUCCAACUGAGUGGGCGAGCACGAUUCUGGCGAUUCUGGCUUGUAUGGUGGUAGUUCCCGUAUACGUGUUCUACUGGAAGGGUCCAGUGAUACGAGGGAAGAGCAAGUUUGCGCAGGCCUUGGCAGAAGACCGUAAGGCGCAUGACGGGAGACGAGUCAGCCAGGCAAGCAACUUACCAUAUGCACCUGCGUGCACGGCCUACGACAGCCUUGGCCAUUUGCUCCCUCCACUUCACGCAAGACAAGAGACCCAGUUCAGCGAAAAUUACUCGAGACAGAAGACCACCAUGACUAUCUCCGUCGCACCCACCGAUCUUCUCCCCCUUGGAGACCAACCAACUCGUAUUUCAGUGCGAAUAAAUGGGGACUUAUUGAAAUCCAUUGACCCCUCCAUGGAUCCAUUGGUAGAAGGGGAUAGCUUCAGUCGGGUUAAACGAAAAGGCAAAGCCGCCAUUGACCAGAUGGCCCGCGAUGUCAGCAGGGCGAUAUUUGGUGCUGAGGUGUCCAGGCUGCCACAUGUUUUUGGAUGGCCGAAGCGUGUCAUGGGCCCCGAGGGUCCUGAACAAAGAGACUACCAUUACAUUGGAAUCUGUUUUGACCAUCACGUCACGACGGAGGACUCCAGUCCCAGAGUAAUAGGGCUUACAGCAGACGAGGAGUUCGACGGUACUAUUGUGUUUCAUGCAAAGGAAUUGGAUGAAAUAAGGAGAGAUCGCAUCAAUGAGUACGUGAACACGGAGUACUAG